AUGGCGCUGGAGACGGGGGGAUUUCUUUUCUCGCAUUUGGCUGUAGUGAUCUUUGCGCUUGAGGUUCGCGACCAUUGGAAGGAAUUUGCUAGGGCUCCGCGGGAGCUGCGAGCGCGAGUGGAUCGCCGCCGGUUCUCCAGUUCAAUGCGCCAUCAGGCUGGAGCGUCUCCAUCGCUGCUCACUAGGGCAGUGAGCUCGAUCUUCGCGUUCGUGCGGCUGGCCGAGUUUGAGAUCCUGUUUGUGCUCUUCUUUGUCAUCGUUUUCCUGCUCGUCAAGGAUCUGACUUCUCGCCCGGAGUACAAUCAAAUUCUCGUCCGGAGGGAGGGUCACCUGUAGGGAAGAUGUUUAGGAACACCUUCCAGUCGGGCUUCUUGUCAAUCUUCUACAGCAUCGGGAGCAAACCUCUUCAGAUUUGGGAGAAAGAUGUGUCGAAUGGACAUAUCAAGAGGAUCACGGACGAUGACAUCCAGUCCAUCGUGCUGGAGAUCAUGGGAACCAACGUCAGCACCAAUUUCAUCUCCUGCCCCUCGGAUCCAGCGAUGACGCUGGGCAUCAAGCUGCCAUUUCUAGUGAUGAUCAUCAAGAACCUCAAGAAAUACUUCAGCUUCGAGGUCCAAGUCCUCGACGACAAGAACGUAAGGCGUCGCUUCCGGGCGUCGAAUUUCCAGACGAGCACGCGUGUGAAGCCUUUCAUAUGCACGAUGCCAAUGCGCCUGGACGAGGGCUGGAACCAAGUGCAGUUCAAUCUCGCGGAUUUCACCAGGCGUGCCUAUGGAACGAACUACGUGGAGACGUUGCGGGUGCAAGUUCACGCGAAUUGCAGGCUGAGGAGGAUUUACUUCUCCGAGAGGCUCUUCUCGGAAGAGGAGCUCCCUCCCGAGUUCAAGCUCUUUCUACCCGUGCAGAAGCCUUGAUGUGUUGCGACUUAUAGGGAGAUAUAUCGCGAGGAUUUUCUCUCUAAAAUUCGAAUUUCAGAGGUACUUCUUGUUAAAUUAUAAGGUUUUUAUGCAGCUUUUCAUGAGUUGUUAUUGUGACAAAUUGAUUUAUUGAAUACUAGUAAUUGCCCA